AUGUUCUUCCUUAUACACAUGCCAAUUGUGCUUUUGAAUAAUCUCGCAUUGGUGUCAAAGCAUGGUGUAUUGCUUGUUUUUGGGCGAUGGCCGGAAUCGGCGAGAAGCGUUUUCCGAUUAUCGAUACUGAGCUGCUGGUGGGUCGACAAGCUUCUCGACACCCAUGUGAUAUCGGUUGGGCUUCUUCUUCUAUCGAUUCAGCGAUAUGUGGUGAACAAUUGCAACGAGAAAUAUUCGAAAUUCGUCAGCGGAUAUUUUCUAGGACUCCUUCUUCUUCUCAACGUAACUUCUGGCUUCUAUUAUGAAUUCCGAAGAUCAGAUGCUGUCGAAACCCGUAUAAACACAUACAUUCUUGCCUACGAAAGGACCGACAGCUAUCCGAAGACGAUUCUUGUGAAGCCAAAAUUGAAGAUAUUAUCAAUGGUAGAAAUGCUCGUCGAUUAA